UCAGUAAAUAACAAGAUUUCAAAUUUGGCUUUGGAAACAAAAGAGCUGCAUUGAGCAUGUUCGACCAAAGCGCAACUUCAGUACUAAGCCGUAGCCACAACGACAAAGCUUUCUCCUCUCACGGAGUGCUGUACCGAUGCGUACUCCAGCGACUGACAUGUGGGUCACUUUGCGUUCGUGUGGUCCUGGCCUAUGCGACAACUUCCCACUUCCCUACCAGCAGACAUUCCUCGCCCCCGUUUUUCCUGUGCCCUCGUCGUUCCGUUUCUCCACUGUUCCUUUCCGGACUUGAGCCGGCCUUGUUUGAACGCCCUCAGCUCCAUUUCAUAGCCACCGGCUGGCGUCCGCUCCCGCAACAGCCGUCACGCACUUCAAUCCAGCAGCCUCUGCUCUGCCUGCGUCGCAGCCAGUGGCUCAGCGGCUGCGCCCGUGCCUGUCACGUCUUGUCCUCAAUCUCUCUCUCUCUCUCUCAAUCCUCACCUCUCCGGCUCUCUUUCUCCUCCCCAGUCCCCAACGGUGAGGCCCCCGCCGCGCAGCCCAUCGACGCAUUGCCGCUGCAAGCGCGGACACCGAGGGCUAGAAGCGGCGGCGGUGCCAGGGUUCGGCGCUCGGUCGGCAAUGGCGAGGCGGCUUAUGCUGGCGCUCCCUGUGCUCCUCUUCUUAUUGCUCGUCGGGCAAUGCCACGGCGGCAAGAUUGGCGUCUGCUACGGCCGCAACGCCGACGACCUUCCGGCGCCAGACAAGGUGGCGCAGCUAAUCCAGCAGCAGUCCAUCAAGUACGUGCGCAUCUACGACACCAACAUCGACGUCAUCAAGGCAUUCGCCAACACCGGCGUCGAGCUCAUGGUCGGCGUCCCCAACUCCGACCUCCUCGCCUUCGCGCAGUACCAGUCCAACGUCGACACAUGGCUCAAGAACAGCAUCCUCCCAUACUACCCGGACACCAUGAUCACCUACAUCACCGUCGGCGCCGAGGUCACCGAGAGCCCCACCAACGUCUCAGCCCUCGUCGUGCCAGCCAUGCGCAAUGUGCACACCGCGCUCAAGAAGGCCGGCCUGCACAAGAAGAUCACCAUCUCCAGCACCCACUCGCUCGGGAUACUGUCCCGGUCGUUCCCGCCGUCUGCUGGGGCGUUCAACAGCAGCUACGCCUACUUCUUGAAGCCUAUGCUCCAGUUCCUUGUGGAGAAUCAGGCGCCGUUCAUGGUGGAUUUGUACCCCUACUAUGCGUACCAGAACUCGCGGAGCAAUGUGUCCCUCAACUACGCGCUGUUCUCGCCAGAGUCUCAGGAUGUGAUUGACCCAAACACUGGACUGGUUUACACUAACAUGUUCGACGCCCAGGUCGAUUCCAUCUUCUUUGCGCUCAUGGCUCUGAACUUCAAGACUUUGAAGAUCAUGAUCACUGAGUCAGGGUGGCCAAACAAAGGGGCGGUCAAGGAGACUGGAGCCACACCAGACAAUGCUCAGACCUACAAUACCAAUUUGAUACGCCAUGUUGUUAAUGACAGCGGCACACCGGCGAAACCAGGGGAAGAGAUUGAUGUCUACAUAUUUUCAUUGUUCAAUGAGAACAGGAAACCUGGCAUCGAGUCGGAGAGGAACUGGGGACUGUUUUUUCCUGAUAAGAGCUCUAUCUACAGCCUUGAUUGGACGGGCCGAGGCAAUGUGGAUGUUAUGACUGGAGCAAACAUUACAAGUGCUAAUGGUACCUGGUGUAUUGCUUCAACUAAUGCUUCAGAAACUGAUCUGCAGAAUGCCCUCAACUGGGCAUGUGGUCCAGGCAACGUAGAUUGUUCUGCCAUUCAGCCAAGCCAACCCUGCUACCAGCCGGACACUUUAGCUUCCCAUGCUUCGUAUGCAUUCAAUAGCUACUACCAGCAAAAUGGAGCCAACGUUGUGGCCUGUGACUUUGGAGGUGCCGGAAUACGAACGACGAAAGAUCCAAGUAAGAGUCCCAUCCUUUUUUACUGUUAUAGUGUUAUGAUAAUCAUGAUGCUGUGCAUGGUUUCAUGAUAACAUCCAUGUGCAUAUAUUCAGGUUAUGGAUUAUGUCUUUAGUUGAUGUUGGAGUUAUAUACAUAGGUUGCUCAUAUGGUAUGAUGGUUGCAGCAUUUACUAGUACUCCCUUUCUUCUUCGUUCCAAAUCGUAAAACAUUUUGCCUUUCUAGAUAUGAUGCAUUACUAAAAAGCUAUAUAUCUAGAAAGCCAAAAAAAUUUACAAUUUGGAAUGAGUAACUAAUUUCAUGUUGAUGAGGUGCCUUUUG